ACAACACAGUCCUAGAUCCCGUCGAGCACGUCUUACGUGUUGCGCCUGUUAUUGAUACACACAUCGAUUUGCCUUGGCUGAUCCGCUCGGUUGGGUACCAGAACAAUGUCACCGCCGUUGAUCUGGAGGGGGCGAUGCCUUGCCACCUCGAUAUCCCACGUCUGCGUGAAGGGCAUGUCGGCGGGUUCUUUUGGUCUGUAUACACUGCAUGUCCGGACACUGCGGCCGAAGGUGAUGACUUCCUGGGCGCUACAUGGCGCGUUCGAGAUACCCUUGAACAAAUCGACCUCGCUCGCGGAUUGAUCGACAAGUAUCCUGAUACGUUCAGCUUCGCGCUUACCGCGAGCGACAUACGCGACGCCUUCUCAGCAGGCAAAAUUGCGAGUCUGCUUGGCGUAGAAGGUGCUCAUCAAGCCGGUAACUCGAUCGCGGUUGUGCGGCAGUACUACGAGCUUGGCGUGCGAUACAUGACGCUUGCGCAUUUCUGCCACAAUGUGUUCGCAGACUCGGGUGGAGCCAUCGAGCCUCAUCCUCCGAGACACGGCGGUCUCAGCCCUCUUGGGCUGAAACUCGUCGAUGAGAUGAACCGCCUCGGCAUGCUCGUCGACAUUUCGCACGUCUCAGACGACACCGCGCGCCAGGCGCUGCUUCACUCGCGUGCGCCGGUGAUAUGGUCGCACUCCUCCGCUCGCGCUGUGCAUGAUGUAGCGCGGAACCUUCCAGACGACAUCCUCCGCAUGGUCGGCUUCGGAGAGGGACAAAAAGAUGCGGUCAUAAUGGUGAACUUCGUUCCGGUGUUUAUUGCACCAGAAGGCGAAGCGACAGUCGCACGCGUCGCAGAUCAUGUCGAGCACAUUGCAAGUGUGACAGGAAAGGAACAUGUGGGGAUGGGCAGCGACUUCGAUGGCAUCCCAAAUGUUCCCAAGGGCCUCGAGGACGUGUCGAAAUACCCUGCUCUCGUUGCAGAGCUGCACAAACGCGGGUGGGCGACGGAGGAACUUGCUGGCUUUACGAGCGGCAAUUUCCUUCGUGUCUUUGCACGGGCUGAGGAAGUCGCGCAGGAGCUGAAAAAAUCCGGCAUGCAACCCGUGUAUGAUUUGUACGACAAACGGACGGAUAUCCCCGAGAGUGUUCCAGAGGGCGAGGAGGUAUGUGAUUCGCACGUUUCAGGGGUGGUGUUGCCAGGUAAAGAGAAAUACUGAGUAGACGAAUGUGACGCGCCGACAAGGUACAGUGGCUGCUAGCAAGAUACACCAUCAGUCGUAUUUCAAGUCGCCAUUAAGGACUUCGUCGUAAAUCGGCCACUGCCUCCCCAUCCACGUCGCCAGACUCGUAUGGUCGGCAUAAGUGUCGUUGGUGUUGGGAUGAACUAGGACACUAAUAAUUAUCGCAUUGUGUCAGCGCAAUAAGCUUAGAGACGAGUGCAAAAGGCGUACUCGCACAGGCCACGGUUCACCGCGAGCCAGGAG